AACUUUAAUAUGAAAUAAAUGGUGCCCAAAAGAUGACUAUAAAUGAUGGAGAGAGAAAAAGAUGGAGUAACAUCAAAACUUGUAAAACAAAGAGCAUAGCUAGAGAGAGAAAGAGCAUCAUGAAGUUCGCCAAAGAGCUACAAUCUCAAAUGGUGCCGGAAUGGAGAACAGCUUACAUGGACUACGACUCCUUAAAAUCCAUCUUAGAAGCGAUUGAAACCAAAAGGAAAACAACCCGUACGCCAAUUCAAAGGAAGCACACAAUUUACAGAAACUUCAGUGGUCUGACAAGAAAAUUAAGCUCAAGAUCUGUUUUAUCAGAAAUGGAGAGUCAAAUCCCUGAUAAGGAAUUUCGUCAAGUUGAUGAAGAAGUUAAGUUCGUGGCGCCGGUUGACGAUCUGGGUGAACUUGAAGUUGAGUUUUUUAAGAAGCUAGAUGAUGAAGUGAACAAAGUAGUGAAAUUCUACAAGGCGAAAGUGGAAGACGUGAUGAAUGAAGCUAAUAUGAUUAAUAAACAGAUGGAAGCUUUUAUUGCUUUUAGAAUUAAAGUUCAUGAUCCUCCAUCGAACUUCGAUGAGGGGUUGGAAAUGGCUCGUUUGGCUUCUGAAGUGGCUAAUGUUUCUCAUAUAUCUGUUUCUAGUCCAUCUCGAAACAGUGGAACAAGUGUAAUAGAUGUGAUAAAGGAAGAAGAGAGUUAUCAUGAGGUAUCAUCACCAUUUGAGGAUGAUAAAGAAGGUGUUAAGAAUGAGCCAGAAAUAGAAGACAUUGAUAAAUCAAAGGGGCAGGCAAAAGGAAAGAUUAAUGUAAGACAUGCUGCAUUGGACAUUCUUGAUCAGGUGAAAUUGAACAAUCCUCCAGACACACCUCGUUCGACUUUCAUAAGAAUCUUAAAGGGUCCAGCUCAGAAUGACUUGAAAUUCAACCGUUAUAGCCUUAAGAAAAUCGAACUACAGCUUAAAGAGGCUUUUGUUGAGUUUCAUUACAAACUCCGGCUUCUCAAAAGCUUUAGCUAUUUGAACAUGUUGGCAUUUUCUAAGAUCACAAAGAAAUAUGACAAGAUAUCAACAAGAAGUCUAUCAGCAUCUUACAUGAAGAUGGUGGAUAACACUUAUUUGGACAGCUCUGAGCUAAACAAACUUGUGGAGAGAGUUGAAGACGUAUACUCGAAACAUUUUGCAAAGUCAAAUCGCAAGAAAGCAAGGAAUGUCUUAAGGCCUAAGGCAAGGAGGGAAAGACAUAGGGUGACAUUCAUUAUGGGAUUUUUGUUUGGGUGUGCAAUCUCUCUUAUCGUAGCUUUAAUUUUGUUGUUGCGCGCUUACAACAUUUGGGAUAAUGAGCAUAGUCCCAAGUAUAUGGACAAUGUAUUUCCCCUUUAUAGCUUAUUCGGUUACUUGGUCCUUCACUUGAUUAUGUUUGCGGGAAACAUAUACUUCUGGAGAAGAUAUCGAGUGAAUUACUCGUUUAUAUUUGGUUUUAAAGAAGGAAAUGAGAUUGGUUAUAUACAAGUCUUAUUUGUUUGUUUUGCUAUAAUGGCUCUUGCUUUAUCAACUAUUCUUGCAAACCUAGAUAUGGAAAGGGAUCCAGUAACUAAAGAUUACAAUGUUCUAACUGAGCUUUUACCUCUUGGUCUACUAGUGCUACUCUUGUUAGUAUUAUUCUGCCCAAUCAAUAUCUUUUAUCGGUCAAGUCGAUUCUUCUUCAUCACUUGUCUAUUUCACUGCAUUUGUGCUCCUCUAUACAAGGUGGUACUUGCAGACUUUUUCUUGGCUGAUCAGUUUACUAGUCAGGUUCAAGCACUUAGAAGUCUGGAGUUCUAUAUUUGCUACUAUGGUUGGGGAGACUUUAGGAUUAGAGAGAAUAAUUGCCGUGAAAGUAAAGUCUUUAAUACUUUCUUAUUCAUUGUUGCUAUCAUCCCAUACUGGAUUCGAUUUCUUCAGUGUCUUAGGAGAAUGUCAGAAGGCAAAAAAGCUAGAGAAGGAGCAAAUGCAUUGAAAUAUUUAUCAACAAUUGUGGCGGUGAGCUUUAGAACGGCUAACACUCUUAACCAAUCAUUUGCAUGGAACUUGGCUGCAUGGAUUACAUCAGGAAUUGCAACAAUCUUUGUGAUGUAUUGGGAUAUUGUCAUAGAUUGGGGUCUCUUCCAAAAGAACUCGAAGAACAAAUGGCUAAGAGAUGAGCUAGUUAUCCCACACAAAAGCGUAUACUAUGUAGCGUCGGUCUUAAAUUUGUUGUUAAGAUUUGCGUGGAUGCAAACGGUUCUGAAAUUUGAGUUACCAUUCAUGCAUAGACAACUGAUGUUGGCGGUAAUAGCAGCUCUAGAGAUUAUUCGACGUGGCAUAUGGAAUUUCUUUAGGUUGGAGAAUGAGCAUUUGAACAAUGUGGGGAAUUUUCGCGCCUUCAAAUCGGUUCCCCUUCCAUUCCAAUACGAAGAUGAUGAGUUGAAGGAUGAGUAAUAUAUUGUUAUUGUCGUUCUUCUCCAAAAUUUUAAUGUAUAAUACUAUUAGUAAGACGUUAUAGAUCUUCUUCAAUUGUGACCAUAUAACCUACAUCAUAUAUUCCUUUUGAACACACUUUACAUCUUCUAAUUUACUAGGUAGUUUGCAUCAUUGGCUGUGUUAAUUAUUCUUUCCUAU